AUGUCUUCUUCCCUCUCCUCGCAGCCGCGGCUGCCGCGCUAUGAAGGCCAUCUCCUGCUCGAUCAAGCCAUUCUCGCCGACAUACCGCAGACUAGCGCGUGUGAAGCGUGGUCAGAAAGAUGGUGCAGUCUGGAAGAGGGCAAGCUGCUCGUAUACAAGGACCGCACUUGUGCCAUGAUCAAUCCUGACCACACAUGCGCUUCGAUCGACAUUCGCAACUAUGGCUACCUCAACAUCAACACCACCUGCUCCGAACCAUUUCCCGAGCUCGUCCUCAGCACGACUGCUCCCGAGCCUCCUCGAAGUGCUCGGCUCUUCCGACCCAAGUCUGCCUUGAGCCUGAACCGGCUACAUGCCGAGUCUAUCUCAGAAUCCGAACCUCGUCUUUCAAUCGCUUCCGCCGGUCGCGUCAGUUUCCAGACUCCAGCGUCCAGUCUCAAUGCUUCCUCUCUCCAUUCGCCCAAGACCGACGCAGAAGGCCGAUCGAAGCCUUGGUCCAAGUUCGCCUCGGGAUCACGCAAGUUUUACUCCAAAGUUGCCGCUUCCAACAGUAGCCUCUAUGACGCCUCUCUUUUUUUGGCUAGCUCAGCCGCCUCCUCCAUCAAAUCACUCAGCCUCUCUCGAGAGUCGAUGGAUCUAGCCUUAAGCGGUGCCCCUUCUCCCACGACACCACUCUCUUCCCUCUUCAGCAACAACUUGGACCGUAUCGUCCUUCGCGCUCCCUCCGCGGAAGCUCUGAACGACUGGCUUGAAGCAUUGACGCGCACUAUCAAGCUACACAACGACGCUACCCUAAUGUCGUCGCAGAUGAUGCGAUACCAGAAGCGCGUCUCUUUGCGACCAUCGUUGGGCAAUCUAUCCGGCUUUCGCACACCUACGAGCUUGCAAAGUAGUCCGAUCUUCCCCACGGUCCAGUCAAGCCCCACGGUCCAGUCAAGUCCCACGGUCCAGUCAAGUCCCACGGUCCAGUCAAGUCCCACGGUCCAGUCAAGCCCCACGGUCCAGUCAGGCGAGCUCGCUUACAUGGACGAUGCUACACCCAAAGCAACACGCAAGUGUCAGACUUCUUCGACUAGCUCCACCUUCGGGCGGUAUACUGCUUUUCAAGAGCUGUGUCAGUCACCUGUCCCUCAGCAACACGAUGAGCAGGAGAUGAGCACCUCAGAAAACUUGAACAGCCUUCAAGAGCACAUCACCAUCAACCAGCCGCCCAAGCGCACCAAUGCUAGUCCCGCACUCUCUUCCUUCGCAUCGCAAGUCUUUCCUGCUGUGGACUCCAAACGCCAACGACGUAGCCACAAGCGUUCUUUGUCCACUGCUUCUUCUUCACUUUCGUUCUCAGGCAAUGGACGUCUGUCUAUGAAUCGACGAAACAGCAUCUCGAGCUCUCAGCUGCUGUCAUCGGAUGGUGUCGACCUCUCAGCACCCACGCAAGUCAAAUCCGGUUCCAUCGCGACUGGUCAUAGUGCUGUCCAUUCCGGACCAAGAUCCAGCACUCCGCUCAACGACGAUCGCGACGUUUCUAGGGCGACGAUCAGCGGUGGCACUUUGCCUCUAGGGAAGCAUCGCCGCUCGGGUUCGAUAUUGCGCUUUGGUUCUGCUCGCAUCUUGGCUUGGCGAGACAACUUUACCGCCUCCGACGCAACGAGGCAGGAGCCAGCGGUGGGUCUAGGUCUCAGUCUUGAACAAGCUGCUAUUGUCGGCGAGUCUAGCGGGGUUGAAGGGAGCGAUGUGCAGGUUCGACAGCUCAAACCUUCCAGAGGCUUCCCCAGGUUGAGGUCUUUCCGUCUGCUUCCCAAGGCAAAGGUAAAUGACGGAGAGACGAGCUUCACGUCGCCAAGCGAACAGAGUCACACCAACCCGGACGCUUCCUUCUCUCAACCAGCAAAGUUGAAAGGAAUGUCAAGAACAACCUCACUGCUCAAUCUCACAAAACACACUCUCAGCUCGUUGCGCGAAAGGUCGACCUCGAGACAAGGCGUCAGGCAAGUCUUUGCCGUUUCGCAGGAAGAUAUGCAAGAUUCGUCGGUGGAACAGUUACAGCACAGCAGUCCGAAGCGUGUCGAAACGCGAGGAUGCGAUUUCAGUUACGAGUUUGUUGGGCCUACGCGUGAAGCAAGCCGCACUCAUUCCCCUGGCCUUGCUUCCGAUAAUCAUGUCUCGGAUGGCUCUGACGCUAGUGCCCGACUCUCACCUGAUUUUGCACCCAAACUCAACCUCGUCCUCACCGCCGAAGAAGAAUAUUCAGUGCGAUCCUCGACCCCACCUUUCCCAGUAGAACGUAUCCUACCGCCGGAACAAAUCAUCUCUACCUUCGAUCAGCUGCGUUUGGCCGAUCCGACGGGAAGAAGCUGUGACUGGUUGUCUCAGAUUGAGACGGUGACGCGAAGGGGUAGUUUGGAUCGGGCUGCGGCCGCGUCUGGUGGUUUGAAGGAGGCGAGGAGGGAGUUGAGGUUGGCUGCUAGUCAACAUAAUUUGGCGGGGAGUGGGAGUGUUGAUCUGGGCGGUGGGGAGCGACAUGAGAGGAGGUUGAGGAACAGUUUGAGUGCCUGGAAUUUACCCCAGCCUACGCCAAUGAGGGAUUGUAGGGUGGAGAGGGAGAGAGAGCAGAAGAGGGAGAGGGAGCAGAAGAGGGAGGUGGGCGAAGAGGUGGUGGGGAGGGCGAGAACUCCAAGCAGAUUGUCAGAGAAAGUGGGAGAGGUAAAAUCGUUGCCCGCCCCUCCAAGAGCGUCUAAAAGUAAGGCUAGGAUCAGUACAAGCAUGCCGAAAUCUCCAUUAGGCACCACUUCACUUCUACUAGCGGUAGAGGUUGGUGUGCUUGGUCAAGUUACCAACACGAGCGGUGUGAGUAGUAAGGAUGGAGGGGACAAGGUGGAGAAAGUGGUUCUGAAUCAAACAGCAGGUGUGAUCAGGCCUCCUAGAUCUCCUUCUAGAAGAUUAGGACCAACGAGAAGACGAACGAGCCCUGCGGCAUCCAGUCCCACUUGCGCUCUCGCUAAAGGCCUGGGGUCUCGGGUUGCACCGCUUGCCUAA